AUGUGUUCAACAGGAGUUCACACUCGUCCUAUAGCAGUCAUUGUAGCUGAUUUUAAUGGUGACAAUCAAUCGGAUAUCGCUGUGGCUAAUUCGAAUACUAGCAGUGUUGGUGUAUUUAUCGGAUAUAGUAACGGAAGUCUUACGAAUAUUGUUGAAUAUUUUACUGGUGGUGAUUCUCAUCCAUCUUCGAUUACUGCCAAUGAUUUCAAUAAUGAUAAUCAAUUGGAUAUGGCCGUCACCGAUUCUGUUGGCAACAAAUUAUUUAUACUUCGAAGCUAUGGUAACGGAACGUUUGUACAAGAUUCAGUAAUUGAGUUUGGUUUUCAAGCUCGACCGAGUUGUGUCGUUCAUGGGACCUUUAAUAAAGACGAAAAUAUGGAUCUAGCUGUUGCUAAUCACGACCAAGGAAAUAUUGCAAUUAUUUUGAAAGAAUGUUAA